CUUCCUCUCAUCCCAAUACUCUCUCUCUCUCUCUCUCUCUCUCUCUCGAAUCCAAUACAAAAUGGCAAAAUACCAACUCCUCGCCCUCUUCUCCGCCGUUCUUUUCUUCGCAGGUCUGUCCCAAGUAUUCUCAGCCGUCUAUUUUCAAGACCAUGCCGAUACCAGCACGAACACGAGCACCAACGCCACAGAUUUCAUCCGUACGAGCUGCAGCGCCACGCUGUACCCGGAACGCUGCUACGCCUCUCUGUCGCGCUACGCCAACGCCAUCCAGCAGAGCCCGAGCCAGCUCGCUCUCGUCGCCGUCUCCGUCAGCCUCCGCAGGGCGCGCCGCACUGCCUCCUACGUCGCUUCCCUCCAGCGCGCCGCAGCCGCCGGCGAUCCACCGGCCGACGCCCGCGCCCUCGCAGCGCUGCGCGACUGCAAGUCGACGUUCGGCGACGCGAUCGACCUCAUGCGCAGCUCGCUCGACGAGCUGCGCCAGCUCAAGACGGGCGAAACCUUCCGCUGGCAGAUGGGCAACGUGGAGACGUGGAUGAGCGCCGCGCUCACCAACGAGGACACGUGUACGGACGGAUUCCAGGCGGUCGCGCCCGGCCCCAUGAAAUCUGACAUCAGCGCUCGCGUGGCGAGCGCCGAGGAGGUGACGAGCAACGCGCUGGCGCUUGUCAACAGCCUCGCUUCGAAGGAAGGGAAUGCCGCUGAGUCGUCUGAGGCCGUUUAUUUUGAGGGUCGAGGGUUCUGAUGGAAUCUGGGCCGUUGGUUUGUUUGAAUAUGUAUGAUAUAUGAUAGGGUGUGGGAGAAGAACCUUGUGCUAGUUCACCACCAUUUUUAUAAUGAUGGUCAGCCAUUCUCCUUAAAUCCAGACCGUCCGAAUUGUGGAAAGUUUGCGACUGGAUAAGACCCUGGAUCGAUCAAUCUUAAUCUUAACCGUCCAACUGAUGUCCCACAAAUGGAUGGUUGAGAUUAGAUAGUGAGUGGUCCGAAUUUCAAUAGUCAGAAACAGAUGUGUGUGAUUUUCAAGUAAUGCUCGAUCACGGACUUUGGAAAGUUUCAUAAUUACAAAAUAGCCACAGGUUUGAUGGAA